AUGGAGAACAAGGCGCCAGGGACAACGGCCCGCGCGGGCGGGUAUGACACGGCAGGCGGGGGUGCGGCACACGAGAACUUCUUCCACCCCAGAAAGAAGAUAAAGAACAGCAUCCAGCGCGCUGGCCUGCGCUCCUCGCGCCGCACAGUGGCGAUUUUUAUGAUUUGCGUCGCUGUCUUUGUUGUGGGGCCGACACAUUUGGGUCCGCUGUACGUGAAGUACGUGGCAGGUCAGAAUUGGCUCGAGCGUGCGAAAAAAUCGAUCUGGACCCGGCGCAACGAAAAGGACCAUGACUUGUACUUGACGCAGCGCAAGAACGGCUGGCUUGAAUACCUCGGGCUGAAACGCUACAACAUUGGUGGAGAGACCAACAUUGGCGAUAUACAAACUUACCGGCAAAAAAAGGAAUAG